AUGCAGUACCGAUACACCUCCCUCGCCCUUCUGACUCUCCUGGGCAUUGGCAAUGCCGCGGUCCCAGAAUGCGCCCUCAAAUGCAUUGCCAGUGCUACGGAAAGCGCUACCACUUGCGAGGUGACUGAUAUCUUGUGCAUGUGCAAGACUUCAAACAUGGUGGCCAUCCAAGCCGUGGCUACAACUUGUGUCAUUGCCGCUUGCACAUCACAAGCUGCUGAGGUUAUCGAAGCUGUGAACAAGCAGUGUGCCGAAGCUUCAUCCAGCGCAGCAGCCGGCGGUAGCAGCACCAGCCCUCCAGUAGAGAAGCCAACCACUACUCCCACCGAAGUAUCUACUACUCCAGCUACAACACCCGACACACCGGCAAAGCCCACCGCCUCAUCAUCGGGCUCAGUCACCGAUGCACCAGUUCCUACAAACUCCGCUGCGGUUUCUCCUGUCAGCUCCAGCAGCCUCGUCACCGUUCCAUGCACCAACACCUGCACAGACGAUGACGAAGAGCCGACCGCCACUGCAGUGCCCAGCGCCUCCCCAGUCCCAUCCAGUAAUGGAACCAGCAGCCGCCCAACAUCUUCCGUUGUUCCAGUCACUGGUGGUGCCAAUGGCCUUGCUGCAGGGUUCGGAUCAGUCGCGAUCGUGGGUAUGAUGGCUCUCGCAGCCUUCUAA